AUGAGAGCUGGCUACCACAACUGCACCCCCCAGAAACUUCAUAGAACAUUGAAAGUCUCAUCAAACAUGAUCACAAGAUUCAUCACUGAAGUCUCAACAGUCUUCAAUCCCUUCUCUCCCAAAGCCAAAACCGCACGGUUAUUUCUCUCAGUUCUCCCACCAAAUGCACGACAGACCAUGAAGAUCGAUACAAAGAUACUACCCAGAGCAUCUAAAGAGCGGAGUCUUGUGCGCCUUAAGUUUAAGGAUGGAAAAGAGAUGAAGUUGGAUGCAGAGAAGCUCGGUAUUAGAGGUGUAUCUGAUGAAGUGGAUAGGCAUUCACGAAUUUUGGCAAGGCAGGAGGAAUUGACCGGAAACUGA